CAACCAACCAGUGUACAUUCAAAUGUGUUGGUACUCACACGCCGUCCAUCAUGAUGGAUUGCGCGUGUCGGGAAACUGAUUUCUCUUGAGUUAAUCCGUUCAAGUGGAAAUCGUCAACGUACGAGUAAGCCGCGAAAAGUGCUUAGCGUUGGGAUAAAAGUUACCAUUGGAUUGUUUUUAUUCAGUGAUGUGAACUUUCAUUUGGUGUCAAUAUGUAGGAGCCUCUACCUCAUAAUCUAAUUUCGAUUUCCAUUAUUGGGAUUAUUGUAGGUCUCUUCCACACCGUGACACGUCACGACAACUAUUAUGGGCGAUGGAACUACAUCAACCUGAUUAGCUUCCAUUUUCGUUGAAACCAUUGUCCAUCAAACACAAAUUAAUUCUUUACGCGUCUCGUUUGCGUCCGGCGAGGACGGCUGCUUUCGAGGCGUUCAUGUUUUCAAGCUGUCUUUCCACCGCGAACAGUGGCCUGGAUCGCUCGCUGCCGACUGGUAGCCGAUUACUGUGCGCGUUAUCUUCAAAUAGAUGUAUUUAUAAAACGGAGCUAAUUAUAUUAUUAUCAUGGGUCGAUAAGAAGGCAAUGGAAUGUUGAUAGGUGUUAGUGCGCGAUCACUGUCGUUGUGAUGAGGUGAACAGUGACUGUGUUUUGUGCUGUGCCAGUGUGUGAUUAGUGUUUGACGCGAUGUGGGGGGCAGCGGUGUCUAACCCUCCUCAUUAUCAUUACGUUCAGGGGCCUGGAGGGCCGGUGGCCCAGAAUGGUCCGGGGGGUCCGAUCUUGGCGGGGCCGCCGACGGGGAAGCACCUGCGGCCGCAGUCUUCGUACUCGCUGCCGCACGGCAGCAACGGGCCCGGCCGCUGGGGGUGGUCCGGGAAUCAUGUGUCGUCCUUUGAUCGGAGGCAGUUGAAAGUGCCACCACAACCGGUUCGCCCCGCUCCGGUUCGUCCAUCGCACAGCAGAAAUACAGUUGCUAGUAAGGUCGACCCCGAGCUGAUCUUCACAAAACAGGAGAAGAUCGGCAAGGGCUCCUUCGGCGAGGUGUUCAAAGGGGUCGACAACAGGACCCAGCAAGUAGUUGCCAUCAAGAUCAUCGACCUUGAGGAGGCUGAAGAUGAGAUCGAGGACAUACAGCAGGAGAUUAUGGUGCUGUCACAGUGUGACAGCCCAUACGUCACUAAAUAUUACGGGUCUUACUUAAAGGGAACAAAACUAUGGAUAAUAAUGGAGUACCUGGGCGGCGGGUCGGCGCUGGACCUGAUGAAGGCGGGCAGCUUCGAGGAGAUGCACAUCGCGGUGAUCCUGCGCGAGGUUCUGCGCGGCCUGGACUACCUGCACUCCGAGCGCAAGCUGCACCGCGACAUCAAGGCCGCCAACGUGCUGCUCAGCGAGAUGGGCGACGUCAAGCUGGCCGACUUCGGUGUCGCGGGCCAACUAACGAACACAACAAGUAAACGCAACACAUUCGUCGGCACGCCCUUCUGGAUGGCGCCAGAGGUGAUCAAGCAGUCGUGCUACGACAGCAAAGCCGACAUCUGGUCGCUCGGCAUCACAGCAAUAGAGUUGGCCAAGGGAGAACCACCCAAUUCCGAGUUGCACCCAAUGAGGGUGCUCUUCCUCAUCCCCAAAAAUAACCCCCCACAGCUAACGGGGAGCUAUUCGAAACCGUUCAAAGAGUUCGUCGAAGCGUGCCUUAAUAAGGAUCCAGAAAAUAGGCCGACGGCAAAAGAGUUACUAAAGUUCCAGUUCAUCAGGAAGGCGAAGAAGAAUUCGUAUUUAAUGGAUCUUAUAGAUAGGUAUAAGAAGUGGAAGGCGCAGCGAAGCGAAGAAAGCGAGACCGAGUCGGAGAACUCAGAUUCGGAGGAAGGCAGCCGCGGCGACGGCGAGGCCGACGAGCCGUGGAUCAUGACGGUGCGCGGCGGCGCCGGCGCCCGGGCGCUGCAGCCCGCGCUCCCCGCGCACCCGCCGCACCCCGCCCACCCCCCGCCGCACGUCCCGCCGCACGCGCAGGACGACAAGCAGCGCCGGGCGAUGAUGGACGACACAGGGGACUCCUGUUACGGUGCGUUACUGUUUAUUGUCUACACGACGUGGAUCAUGACGGUGCGCGGCGCCGCCGGCGCGAGGGCACUCCAGCCCGCGCUCCCCGCGCACCCGCCGCACGCGCAGGAGGACAAGCAGCGGCGGGCGCUGAUGGACGACACAGAGCUCUCCAGCCCGCGCUCCCCGCGCACCCGCCGCGAGAGCACUAGCCCGCACCCUACUCACCCCCCGCCGCACGUCCCGCCGCACGCGCAGGACGACAAGCAGCGCCGGUGUUACGGUGCAUUACUCUUCGUCACCUACACGCCGUGGAUCAUGACGGCGUCGGCGCUCCCCCCUCACCCCUCGCCGCACGUCCCGCCGCACGCGCAGGACGACAAGCAGCGCCGGGCGAUGAUGGACGACACAGGUACACAUUCUAAUUUCAUGACGGCGCGCGGUGGCACUGGCGUGAGAGCGCUGCACCCCGCCCACCCCCCGCCGCACGUCCCGCCGCACGCGCAGGACGACAAGCAGCGCCGGGCGAUGAUGGACGACACAGGUACCUAUGUGGCUUCUGGACGACACAGGGCUCUCCAGCUCGCGCUCCCCGCGCACCCGCCGCCGCACGUCCCGCCGCACGCGCAGGACGACAAGCAGCGCCGGGCGAUGAUGGACGACACAGUGGUGAUCCCGCGACCACACUCGCCGGCGACGGUGGGCAACGGCGCGGUGGUGGGCCGCAGCGACGAGCCCGAGCCGCUCGCCAAGCCGCCGCCCAUCAACAACAACACCGACAAACACCCGCCUCGACAAUCGCCGAACGUGCCUACACCGGUAGUGGAACAGCGGAGCGCUAAGGAGAGAGAGCGCGAGCGCGAGCGAGACAGGGACAGGAGCGAGCGGGACGAGCGCAAGGAGCGCGCCGACCACGCCCCCUCCAACCGCGACAGUGUAGUUUAUAAUAAUAAAGCCGCUUCGCCUUUAGACCAUAGAGGAACCAAUAGUGAAGAAAACAAAGUUAGAAGGCAUCCAUAUUUGCAGCAGCUAAUUUAUCCAUUACUAAAUGAGCUGUCGCGCAAGCACGGCGCGGGCAGCGCGGCGGCGGUGGAGGAGCUGCGGCGCGCCUUCGAGCACGCCGAGCGCGCCGCGCCGCACCUCACGCGCGCCUUCGUGCAGCAGGUGGUGCAAAGGGUGGCGACUCAGAGCCACGCGCCGCCUCAGCCCGCGCCGCAGCACUGGAUGAGGGAUCUAUAAUAGAGUGGGCAGGUGGGUGGCGCCCUGCGCUGUGUUCUCGCUUCCCUUCCCGCGGCUACACCCCGCGCGCUCGCACGCCCCGCCACGACCCGGCACGGCCCGCACGUGGGUCCUUCACGACCCAUAUGUGGGUCCACACAACCAGACUGGCCCUCACCGGGCCCCUUUGUGGCCCUCCACCUAGGCCCAAUGAGGCCGAUGUGAUCUCCGCUCGGGUCCGACCCGCCGGGACCCAACAGGUCCGCUCCCCAUUUGGCUUGUUUUGUAAGAAUGGCUCAAACGAGUUGAUCCCAGCCAUUUAAGAAGUGCGUUUGAUUUUUAUUUUAUCAAAAAGUGAACGGGGACAGUUGAGCUGUAAACAUUACAUGAUGCGAGCAUGAAGUGUCGAUUGUGAUUCAUCGAUUCAUCGUGAAAUGUUUGCACGUCGCACUAGCGCUAAUCAAAUUGAAUCGUGAGCAUCAUGUAAAUGUUGUUUUUAAAUUUUUUUGUUCUUUUAACUGGUUUUAUACCUUCACAUGUUUUCUGGAAUGUUUCAAUUCAAUUCUGUUAUGUAAUACGGGCCUGUAACGUGUUACAGCCGUUCGCACACAAAAGACAAGUUAUAGUUUUAAUACGGUUCGCAUGCUUUCAUUCGCACUUGGCGAAUAUUUUUAUUUGUCUAACAUAACCGUCAAGUUAUUUCUUACAAGUCAAUCCGUUCACGAGUCAGAUUGUAACGAGUGUCGACGCGUGUAGCCGCAAUCGAGUCACAAAGUUGCAAUGCCAUAGUGUAAUAAAUAAAAUGUAACGUAAUGAAUACUUAAGAUGGUUAUGUCUUAUAAUAUUUUAUAUCAUGCGCAUUAUUUAUGUAAAUAUCACUUAGUUCUCGCCACCUAUUCACCGUCUGUGCUAACAGGGGCCGGGCUCUCGAGUCCUGUAAUUUACUUACAUUUUAGUGGUUUCCUUUCCGUAGAGAGUUAGUGCGCGUAGUGGAUCUAACUUAUAAAUAUUCGUGGAGAGCUGAUACGUUACACUUCGCCAAUAUUUUGCCAUAAUUAUUGUUUUUUCUAAAAUUAUAUUUACUAACUCGAGGUUUUUUGUAUAAGAGUCUGAUUUUUGUUGUGAUCAGUCAUUAAAAUUCUAACAUAUUUAUAUAUUCUUUAGAAAUUGAUAUUUUAAAAGCUUGAUAUGUAGAAAGUGUUUAAGUGUCAUUCCAGACAAAAGACAAUAUUGUCAGCAUUUAUAGAUUAUGUUUGUAACUUGUACAUCGGUUUAUCUCGUGGAGUUUGAAACAUCUGUAAACUGCGUCCUUAAAAUUGUUAUAAAUUCUGUAGUGUAGUUUUCAAAGUUAGUUUUUAAUUGUGUAUUUGGCUACUUACCGUUUACGUUAGUGACUAAUCGAUUUCUAAAACAAUAAUGUCGAAUCACUUUUUCCAUUCUAAUUCUCGUAGUGUUGAUUUUAGGCGUCGAAACGGUAGGGCGAUUCGAGGAGAUUUAAAAGUAUUUUAUGAAAAAAGUAUUCAGACACUAAAGACCAUUCAGUGUCAAUAAUAAAAAAAAACAAAAAACAUGCUUAAAUAUGCGACAAUAUUUAGCGAUCGGGGAGUAUAUAGAAUAUAUUAUUACGAAGACUACAAAACAAUUAUUAUUGCUGUGUAAAAAUGUAAACCUAUUAUAAAUGUGUAAAUUGUGUAGUAUAAUAUAAAAAGCUGUUUUAUGAAGUGUUCUUAUAAGCGUAUGAGGAAUAGUCUUUCCAAUGAGAUGGUUCCGCGGUGGGCGGCGGCCGGCCCAGCGGUCCCUGCGUAGUCCUAAUGUAAACGACUUGCUUCAGCGGCGACUGCGCUUGGCGCUUCAUACAUUUCCAUACAAUGAGGGUUUUCGCGAUUGAAAAAUCCGCCAGAUGGCGGGACGUGGAUGUGGGGUCUGACUGCUGCGUGAUUGGUGGAUUUUGACAUAUCUGUCAAUGUCAUGUCAAAAAUAACCAAUCAUGCAGCAUUUGGACGUCGCGUAUUGCCAUCUGGCGGAUUUUUCAAUCGCGAAAACCCUCAUUGAAGACGCUUAGGCCCAGUUUCUGCUGAGCGCCUCGGUCCCGGCCGCCGCCCGCCCCGUGCCGUGUUUUGCCUUGAAUUUUUGUUUAGCCAUGUGUACGAACAUGGGAGAUGUUACGUUGAUUUCGAUGGAUCAAAAAUUAUUUUUCCACUUGAUCGUACGGUAAUAAAGCGUGUAGUGUUAGAGGUGGGCGAUAAUUGUUGAUUAUUGAUUAAAAUUAGGUGUUUGUGGCAUUGGAUAGUAGUCGAGACGCGUUCGGCAUGCGGCCGGUCGCGGGGCCGGGCGCGACGCGCGACUAGUCGCCGCCGCGUGUACACAACUAGUCGCCGCAGCGAGACGCGACUAGUCGCCGCAGCGAGACGCGACUAGUCGCCGCAGCGAGACGCGACUAGUCGCCGAGUCCGCCCGACGCCCCGCGGCCCGCCAUGGAUUGUGUAGUUGUUGUUAUCUUCAAGAAAUGCAGAAUGUUCAAGACGGCGUCGUUUGGUUCAUGGGUAUUUGUGAUCAUAAUUAUUGCAUAGUUAAUAAAAUAAAAUCUAUAUUAUUAUAAUAUAAAAGUCUGUAAUGAAACCGGUAGUCGCCGUGCAGUGUAGCCGCUCGCGCCGCGGGUCGUGUCCCGAUUGUCGUUUGUGUGACGCUCGUCUGGAGCGGGUUAUACUCGUACUUGGCCAGUAACCGCGCGUGGGCUAAUUAUCGCUCUUAAUUUAGCUAUCUUUUUGACAGUAAUAGUUUGCAAACAAAUGUCCAAGGAAUCCAUCGAAAGAUUUGUUUUGUUUCGUGUGGUUUUUCUUCAUUUUUUUUUCUAAAUUAGUUAUUUUCUUUUGUGCCGUUCUCGGCGCAAAGUUACUAAAAACUAAAACAUGGAAUGCAUUAAUUAAAAUGUUUUGUUAUCACCAUGCAAACUUUAACUUCACCAUGUCUUUUGACACUAAACUUCAACUUGAUAUUGGCAAAACCACUAUGUUCCAAAUACGCACCAUUAAGGCCAUUAAAAAGAAACUUAAAUAGUUAUUUGUCAAUUACCGUCUCCUGAACUGUCAAAAAGAUACGCUGAAUGAGGGUAGUGGGACUCGUCGUGCGGCGCGGCGGCGCGCUCCGGCCAGCGCACCAAGUAAGCUAACAGCUAACGGCGCGUACCAUUAGUGAAAUGGUCAAUUAAUGUUACAGCGUCUGUCAUUCUAACAAGUUUAUGUAGGAAACAAAUUUGACUCUGAAAUAAAAGAAGUUAUUUAAUUUUGGAAA